AUGGUCGUGAUAGUAGUAUUGAUAUCUACAAACCCAAAGACUAUUUUAAUUAUUCGAAUAUACAUAAAACUCAAUGGAGAACUGAUAUAGAAGAAUUACGACAUCUGAAAGAUGAUUAUGGUAGUAGUGUUGAUAUCUGUGAACCAAAUAUAUUAAUAGUUGUUGAAGAACCACCUUAUUUAGACAUGUUGGAAAAUAAAUUUGAUCAGUUAGAAAUGUAUGAUAAAAGAUUACAAGCAACAGACAUAGAAUUACCUUGCUUAAAUGAAUGA